AUGGAUUCGUGGUCGAGAUUAUUGAGAAUGAAUAAUCCUAAGUUCGUCGAUAAUUUUGUCGGGCAGUUCAAGUCUACUUUGAGAUGCACCUUUUGUGGCAAUUGUUCGGAGACGUUCGACCCAAUUUGGAAGUUUUCUCUAACGAUACCACAGCAAUCAGGCCAACUCAAGUUGUCUCAUUGCAUGGACUCGUUUACCAGUGUUGAGAUUUUAGACGGCGAGGAGAAACCAACUUGCUCGAUGUGUAAAGAAAAAGGAGAAUGUUUGAAGCCAUUAUUCAUCCACAAGUUCCCUAGAAUUUUGGUUAUACAUCUGAAACGUAUCUCGCUGACUGAAGAGUUCAGUGAGAAACUAAACACAAUUGUCGGCUUCCCUUGA